AUGCCGAAAUCGAAGCGCAAUCGGUUGGUGACUCUAUCGCGCGUGACAAAGAAGGGGCGCGAGCAGAAGGAGUCGCUAGUGGAGGCGGUGCGAGCGGCGGUGGAGGAGUAUUCGGACGUGUAUGUCUUUGAGUUCGAUAACAUGCGCAACACCAAGCUCAAGGAGCUGCGAGACGAAUUGAAAGGAGUCUGUAGGUUCUUCCUGGGGGCGAACAAGGUGCUGCAGGUGGCGCUGGGGAGGGACAAGGCCACGGAGCAGAGGGAGGGGCUGCACCGGUGCAGUGAGCUGAUAGAGGGCCACCGAGGCCUACUCUUCACGUCGCUGCCCAAGGAGCAGGUGGAGAA